GCGUAAAAUCGACUCUUCUGUGUGGUUUGGUUCACCCAGCAGAGGUCGUCCUGCAGCCUGCUCGCUUUGACUUUCUCCCGACAAUUAACAGCAGAGAGACUAAUUUACACACUUUGACCAGGGGGGUUGACCGAAGAGGGUGUUACACUUGAAAUUCACCACUUCCCUGUGUCCUUAACAUUAGUCACGCAAAAUGUCUUUCAUCCAACCUGGAGCAGGUCUGCGUGAGGGAGUUCACCGCCAGCAGCUAAAUGUCAAACAUUAGGAGAAGCAUGCGCGCCUCCCUGCGCCACACGGUGCUGAUGGGUGGACCGAGAGGAGCGGAGCGAUAGGGCGCAUUUCUUAAUUUCCCCACCACCACCACCUCCACACCCCAACCCCACCCGCCGUCCUCCUUCCACCCUCCAGCCCUGGACACACGACGAGACCGCGGGACGGCUGUGUUUUUCCCGUUCACACACGAGGAUUGAUCCAAUGUAUUAUUUACGACCGAAACUUCAGCAACUUAUCCACUGGAUAUGGCUCCCGGUUUGAGGAGUGGGCGGACAGGUCACCCCAAAGUGGUGGGAGCCGGAGGAGCGGAACCCGGUGGGUGCUCGCUGCAAAGGACGGAUGCCGGAGGAGAGGGGAGGUGUUUGAGGACCAGGUGGAGAGUCGGAGCAGCGGGGAUGCUUGCAAACUGUCUGCUGUCUGUGGGAAUGCUUUUACUUCUUACCCGGUGCGCUUUGGCCGUAGAGGAAAAACCCAACUAUGAUGCCUCUGGCUCCUCGUCUUUACAAAGCGACCCUGCACCCACAGCUGCUCCUGUACAUCCAUUGCCUGACCUGUCAGUGGCGGAGGCGGUGCCUUUCUCAGUUGUCCAUUCAGAUGGUGAGCCUGAGGGGGAAGGUUUAUUAGGGCAGCCUGCCUUUUCUUCUGUCUUAACUGUCAUGGCAGGAACUGUGAAACAUCCGGUGAGCCUUGAUCAAAUUAGAACCUCGCCGACCAUCACCAGGGACGAGACCGACACCACUCAAUGGCCUUCACAUAGUUCCAGCCAGGGCUCAGAGAUGUCCUCCUCAUCGUUGUCUGCAGGAGAUAGGAUCCUCCUCGCCAGCUCAGAGGUGGGGACGGAUGAGUUAAUUGCUGGAACAUCCAGAGCAGUUGAGCUCACUUUCCCCAAAGAAAAAGCGGCCAGUCUAGCCCCCUCUCAGUCAGUCAGAAUUACCCUUUCUGCUGGGCCCACCGAGAGGACAUCUCAGGUAUCACCUCUGCCCCCUCAACAGGACACCACAACAGCCUCUGUCAGGCUUACCACCACAACUGUAGCUUCAACCACCACGCCUUCCCCAAGAGUCACCACAGGAACCACACAGUCGACCACCACUACCACACCACAGUCCACACCUGUGACCAGGAGAACAACGACAACUACAGCCAUCAGGUCUCAAACCAGUAGAAGAACGUUCACACCACCUGUUCCCAGAACAAGCCCUUCCAGAGGGACCACCACAAUCUUUAUUUCUCCUUUUACUACCACCACAGAGGCUCCACCACAGCAGUGCAACAUCACAGAGCGAUUAUGGGUGAAAACAGUUGUUUCCAUCUAUGUAAGAAGAAACAGGCUGGACAGCAUUCAAAGGCAGAACCUUCGAAGGGGACUAAGUCAGGGCCUCCGAAAGGCUCUGAAUGAUAGUUCAGCCCAGGCUCAGGUGGAGACAGUAUUUGGUUCUCCCAACAUGACAGUGGCUUAUCAUGUGACUGGAGGGGACAUUGUUUACCCUCCCUCUGUAGUGCUGGAAGGCUUGGACUCCUAUGGUCGUGAUAAGCUGAUUGCAGACCUGCGACAGUACCUCCCCAUGGUAACGGCUCUACCCCUCCCAGUUACGUCAUGGAGACCCAUCCCAGCCACUGGCUACCAGCUGAAAACAGUGCUGCAGUUUGUGGGAGAAGGUGAUGAUCCUCGGUCCUGUCGGUUCUCUCAAAUGAUGGAGCAGAGGCUUGAGAAGGUGUUUUCUGAAGCUCAGGCCAAAGUGCUCAACACCAACAGCAGACUCUCUGUUCAGAUGCUGAGUGUCUCCCAGGCAGCAUCCUCUCCUGCUGUGUCAUUGGUCUACACUGUGAAGAAUGGGACUGUCUUCCUUAAUGGCACCACUGCCUCAAAUCUCCUUGGUCAGCUGUCAGCUGAGCUGGUGGGCUACUUCCUCUUCUAUCCACCACUUAUCAUUGCUGAGCCAAUGGAGUACCACAAUCUGAACACCUCUAUUGCUACCAGGGACUUCUGGGUUAUUACAGUGAUCCAGGACGUGGAUAACACCAGCCUCGAGGGACAGUACCAAAGCUUUGCCAGUCUAAUGGAGCAGCGGCUGGCAGAGCUGUUUGUGUUGGCAGGGCAGCAGGGCACUCGAUUCAGACGAGCCACUGCUGUAGGCAGCUACACUGUCCAGAUGGUGAGCAUCCGUAGGGUGUCCGGGUUGAAGAAUCCAGCAGAGAUGACCUACUACGUCCAGCACAAUGGCAUUCCUUUAUCUGGCACAUCAGCUGCCAAGGUCCUGAACACGGUGGAUUCUCAGACCAUGGCACUCACCCUGGGCUACUUUGUCCAGCUACAAGCGGAACCUGUGGUCAAGAACCCUCCUAAUAACCUUUGGAUAAUCGCUGCAGUGUUGGCCCCCAUCGCUGUAGUAACACUCAUUAUCUUCAUCAUCACAGCUGUGCUGUGCAGGAAGAAUAAAAAUGACUUUAAAGCUGAUGCCAUCGGAAACCUCAAUCCCAGAGCUAAGAUGGCGUAUCGGAGAGAUGUGGGCUAUUAUCACCAGCCAGUCCAGGGUUUUGACUAUGCCAAGCAACACCUGGGCCAACAGGGAGGCGAUGAGGAGACCCUGCCUGCCAGUCAGGAUACCUUAGUGAUGUCCCUACAAAUUCGGGAUACACCACUUUCACUAGAAAAGGCCCUGCAACAAGAUGGAACUGCCAACAAGAAAAGCCUCACCACUGAAAAACACAAAAGCAAGUUGCCGAGUGAGGACGGUUCCGUCAUCAGCAACGAAUCAGAGAAGCUGAAUUCCGGCAGGGGCUUGACAGUGCUGAAAGUCACAGCGCAGCAGAAACUGACAAAGGAGGAGACGCGCAAGAGGGACGAUCCAUAUGACACCUCCUCUGGCUCCCUGCAGCUUAUUUCUAUAAAGCCCAUGGCAGCUCAGCCAAACUAUUCACACCCUGCAUCCUCUGACCGUAGCCAGGACUCAGCCAUCGUCAACGGAGAGGUGAACUUGGCUCUGAAGCAGAAGUCAGACAUCGAGCAUUACAGGAACAAGCUGAGGCUGAAAGCUAAAAGGAAGGGCUAUUAUGACUUCCCCUCCACCGAUGGCAGCAGCAGCAGUCGGGCCAUGGUGCAAAGGCAGCGGCACGGCCAUGAGAGGGCAGCUGGUGAGCAUGGCAGACCACUGGAGCCUGAUGAUGAGCGAGGUUCCACUUAUGUCAAGUCUCACAGGAGGCACUCCCAGGUAGGGCAGACGGCAUAUCGCAGCAGACAGAGCCUGAGCAGUCCCAGUCCUGGAGGAACAGAGAUGGACCUCCUUGUUAUGAGGGAGAGACCCAGGAGAGGCAUUCGCAACAGCGGCUAUGAUACUGAACCUGAGCUGAUUGAGGAGACGAAUGUUGACCGUCUAAUGGGAACACGGGGGUACAUGUAUGGCCGGGGCUUGAAAGGCCACUCAGAGACCUCCACUCUGAGCUCACAGCCAUCCAUUGAUGAAGUGCGACAGCAGAUGCACCUGCUGCUGGAGGAGGCAUUCAGCCUGGCUUCAGGGGGCCAGUCCACAUCCGGAAGGCGCUCCCAUCACCACCACCCACCUCCUGACCACUACAGUCAUGCACCACCUCCCCUUCCCUAUGCAGACGUGGUGACUAGUGCCCCGGGUACAAUGAGCUGUGGACGGGGAGGCCUGCAGUGGGUACCAUCUUAUGGCGCAGACGUGUAUCAGUGCAGCCUGCCCAAACCAGCCUUUCACUUCACCCAGCUCCCAGAGAUGGCCAUGGGUUCCCCUCCCCCUUUACCACCUCGCACUGGACCUCCUCCUGGGACCUCCCUAAGGCGUUCCACUUCUGACUUGGGGCCUAAGGGAAGGAGCUCAGAGACGUCUGUCACUGAAAUGCAGAGUCAACAUGACAACAACCCAUAUGGGCCAACUACUAGAGCAGUACUUCCAUCCAUCACUGCAGAGCAGCCUGUGUCCAACUACUCAGGAAACCCAAUAACAGCCGUCUACGCCAUCCCAGCCACCAGGCCCGGCUACUCAGAAUACUUUGUGUCCACACCACCCACUUCCUACCACAGUCCCUCCUGGAUGUCCUAUCCACCUGAACCUGAGGAUGUGCCACCACAGUGGGCAGACUCUUUGCCCCUGCCUGGGUAUGUAGAGGCUUUUCCUCACCCUCGCUACCCACAGGGGAGCCCCACCAGGCUGCCCCUGCAGUACAACCAGGCACUGGAGCAGCCGCCCUCUGCCCCCAGCACAGCAUCCCAGCAAAGCCUGCCGCAGGUGGUUAAGGACAUGGACAGCAUGCCCCUGAGCAGCCUCUCCACCUCUGCACUCGUGCAGGCUAUCCGGCAGGAGGUGGCCAAGCUGGCGAAGAAGCAGAACGACGUGUUUGAGUUCUAGUUUUAAUUCUGCCCCCUUUGUGUGCAGGAGAUGGUUAACUGUGCAUUGGUCUUCAAAAGUGGCACACAAAAGCGGUACUCCUUCAGACUGAUUUUUGAUGUUUGUACUGUAAAAUGGACUGAUCGAUUUACUUUCACACGCCAUUGGUGUUUUGCAACUCCUAACUUAAAGGAACACAAAAGAUUGUUUUGUUCUGUUUUGUUUUGGGGGGUUUUUAGAAAAAAAUUUCAUCCUCUAUUGAUGAUGUCCCAAGUAAGUACAUGCAUCUCUUUGUAGAUAUGUCAAUAGGAUAUGCUAAGUACGGAAAAUGUAAAACAUUUUUCCAGGAGUAGACAUUUUUGUGAAUCAGCAUCAACUGAGAAGAGAGAAAAUGUUACAUUAUAGUCUGUACUGAGAGGACCAAAUCCUUCCUGUCAGAUGGUUAAGUAUAAACCACAUUGUAUAUGAGCAUGUACAGUAUUAGGACAUCAUGUAUCUUAUCUCCUUUUAUAGACCAUUAGCUUCAACAACACGGGCUACAUCAAUAUCAGUUCAUUCGAGCAUCCAUACCAUAUCAAAGUUCCACAUCACUUUUCAAAGAUUAAGUUUAUCACAUAACAACACAACAACAAACACUGACUGUCAUUGGUUUGAAGAUCAUUUUCAGAGAUCUAAAUUGUAGUUCCCGUUAAUUAACAAAUGGACUAAACACACUAUAUAUGUAUCUGCCUUUUUAGUUUAACCCAAUUGAACAUCUAUGAUGAUGUAACAUAUAGAAGGAAAUGUUUGCCUUUAUGUAUCUGAAAUAGAGGGAAGCAUUUAUCCUUGCAAUAUUUGUUUGAGUUACACUGACUUGGUUGACAUUAAUAGACUUUUUUUUACAGUAUUGAGUGGUUAUUAUAGUACUGUAUAUUACUGUUGUUAAAUACUUAGAAACAUGAAGUUUGACCUUACUAUAUGUUCCUCUUUUCUUGAAGAAAACCCAAAUGGAAAAACUUUUAAUUCAUAUUUGCAGCUGGAUGGACACAGAAUAGUAGCAGUUUUAUACAGACCCCAGUGGUUUUAAGAUGCACAGAUGAUUCAAUGCACAUACAAACAUUUGUCACAGAAAAAGUUCUUUUCGCUGCUGGAAGUAGUGCCACAGCUUCUUGUGAAGUUAAACUAUAAAGAAGGUAAGGGUGAGUGUGUUGUUUGUUUACUGGCCUUAAGACAUCUUAAUGGUCUCAAUGGGUGCAUUUCAUGAAUAAAAUAUAAAGUUCAUGUAAACUAUUGACCUAAUGAGAGGUCCUACAUCAGUACUCCUGUUCUAAGAAGUUAUUAGAGUCCUUGUGUAACAUUGUGAAUGUCUGCCUGAGAGUGCACAGUACAGCACUUUUCUUGUUAUCUAAAAGCUGUUACAGAAGCACCGUGUUCAGUGUGAACAUCAAUGUGGAACAUCAGUGUACCGUGGAAUCAAUCAGUUUAUUAAGGUGCAAAGUGCAUAUGUGCUGAGGUAGACAUUUACCUUAAGAAGCUAAUUUCAUAAUCAAUAAUUUAAUUACAAAACUGCUGCUUCAUAUCAUCAGUCUUAGUUAUACUUUAAAUCAACCAGACAGUACAUAACAAGCUCCCACCAAACAGAUAACAUAAAAACAUUUUAAAAAAUACCAACAUGUUAAAGAGAUGAAAUUAGAAAAGACUACAGACAUAAAUAAAAACAAAGUCUCCUCCAGACAUGACAAAGUAAAGUUCAGGGCAGUUCUUUGCCAAAAUUGCACUUAUAGUACAUUAUGUUAAACAAAAGACCAAGCCUUCUGACAGCUACUGGAAUAAAGAAGACCAGUGCAUGCCAGAAUUAUUCCAGCAGCUACAAGAAGGAAGGAGGUCAAGUCUUUAUUUAGUGUGAGAUUGGUUCUUGGAUCUUGAAACUGCGCUUAUUUAAUCCAAAUCACUUCUGGCCAUUAAGUCUUCUUAAUCAGCUCUGUCAACCUGUUUUAUUUUGUCUGUUUUUGAAAUCAGACUAAGACAAUGCACAAAAUAUAACUAUGAACAAUUUAAUAAAACUCCUAUGAAAUCCAUUAAAACAUACAUGAAAGGAAUUCAUCUUGGGAAAAGAUUCAUAUUUCACUUUGACAUAAAAGCCAUGAAUAAGGUUAUGAUGAAUUCUCAAUACAGGAUUGCCUGGGAAUGAAAAGUGGCAUUGACUGCAGAUGAGUGCACAUAGGCCUAUAGCAGGGGUGCUGCAAUAUGUUUGCAUAAACAUUCAGAUGCUAUAAAUUACCUAUACUUUUACUGUGUUGUUGCAAAUCACAUGGAAUGCUUUGCUGAUUAUUAUAAUCAAUGCUGUCAUAAGACAGAUGCCAGUUGAGACAUAAGAAAGACAACCAUGAGUAAAAAUGCCUUUAAAUCAUAAUUUCCUUUCAACAGCAUUACUGUAACAGCAGUCCUCAAUGAAUUUAGCCUUUUGAGUAAACGGUCCCUCUCUUCUUUUAUACUCAUGCCUGUUGGUGUGUAAGUAGGUAUAAGGAAAUGCUGUUUGUCUUAAACUCAAAAAGAACUUUUUUUUUGUUCCUUGUUUUCCAGAGAUUCCUUUUACCCGUUAUUCAGAGGAGCACUUAAUGUCUUAAGAACUGUACGAAAUACAGUGAAACCAUUUUUGUGUAUACCAGAAGUGAACACCUUCCCACAUUCUCAUGCUGGAAAACUUUCGCGGUAUUAAAUAAAAGGCUUUAAGGUGGUUUAUUUGUUUAGAAAAAUGAUGGGUAUUUAUUCUAUAAAAUGAAACAUGAAGUGAGCUAAAUCUAUUAAAAAUCAAUGUCUUUUUGUCUUCCUGACUGGUUUGCUCAUUUCCUUUUCAUCUGCUUGAUCUUGUUAUAUUUGAUGUUCCUCAGAGAUUGAUCUGAGAGAGACCUUGAGACAGGUGGAGAAUGAGAGAAAUAUUAGCCUACAUGAUUAAAAUCAAAUAAAAGAUUUUAUUAGAAGAAUCAAUCAGCAGUCUCUGUCUUCAGUACCUCUUCUACUUUCUGCAUGCCAUUUUUCCUGCAGUUGUUGCACUGAUGCUCCACUUGUACAGUCUUUCCUGGUAUUGCUUAUUAUUAUUACCACCUACUUACA